CACCAGACCGACGAGGGAAGGUCCUUCCGGCGAGACUUCCCCGACCUCCUUCUCCCCAAUCGACAGCUGCCUCCCGACGGCAAGGAGCAAUCGACAACGACGAUGGCCAGUGAGAAUAGCGACGAGGACACCCUGCGCAGUGAUUCUCCUCCCCCGACGGAUUACAGGGUAGCGGCGGGUUCCACCGUCAAUUUCGCCCAAGCCCAAACAACGAUGACCCAAAUCUUCUCUGUUCCAGCCACAAUUUACGACAGUGGGGCUGGGCACGUCUGGUUCUAUUCAAAUAUUAGCUACUGCAACCUCCAAGUGAUGGGGAAUGACAAUUCUGGAGCAAAUUGUUUGAAUUAUUUGAUAUUUCCAUGAGCAAUUAAAUAUGGCAUACUGACAAGCUUGUGAGAAAAAAAAUCCUGUGUUGGAGAAGAUGCACAUCAAACUGAAAUGGCUUCCGGUACAAGAUGUGCAUCGUCUACGCUCACUUUUCCAUCAACGCCUCCAUCAUCAAUGAAAACAAGUCAAUUAA